AUGUUGAAACAACACCUGAGACUCUUUCUGGCAUUGGUGAUAUGGCUUUCAGCUACUCAGGGCUAUCAGAACUGCGCAAACAGUCAACGUCAACGUCAACGUCAAUCCACACCAACACAAAUAUUGGCUGCUUCUUCGUGGUCCAAUCUGGAGGAAAGCUUAGCGAUCCAAUCCAAAAAGAAAACAGUCUCCAUUGAUUCCGCCUUGGAUACUUCUACACCCAACUUUUCUACGGAACGUCCCACACUCUUUCGAGAACGCCAUGGGUGGUGUCCUUACAGUGAACGAGUCUGGUUGGCCUUGGAAUUGGCUGGAAGCAAUACUCAAACGACGAUAGAGUAUGAUACGAUCCGCAUUGAUAAUACCGGUCACGGUCCACGACCAUCUUACUUUGGUGGUCAAACACCCCAAAUGAGAUGGCCGGAAGGACGAACUCAAGGGGAAUCCAUGGACUUGGUAGGCGAAAUUGAUCAACGCUAUGCCAAUGGCAGUUUGUUGUCGUCAGAUCCGAAGGUACAAGAGUUCAUCCGGCAAUUCUCCAACAUUUUUCCACGGGCUCGGCCCUCGUCUCGGGCAGCUUACUUGUUUCAAUACAAUGGUGACCCUAUCUCGAUGCCGACCUUUGAAGAAACCCUACAAAAGGCGAAUGACCAACUCUUUGUUGAAGGUAGUUCUGGUCCAUUCAUGGCAGGCCAUGAUACUCCCACGGCUGCCGAUAUUGCCUAUGCUCCCUUUCUAGAACGCUACCGAUACCAACUUCCGUGUUUGCAUCCCGGCUUGGAUCCCACCGAUGCUUCCAAGUAUCCCCAAUUGGCAAAAUGGUAUGACACCAUGGAUCAAAUCCCGGCCUAUGCAUGCAAGGUCAAGGGGGACGCCUCUUCCUGGCGUAAGGUUUUGACUAUGGCAGGCUUUGGCAAUGCCGGUCUUCCGCCCUCCAUUCAGCAAAAUAUGCAAGAGCGAAUCGUGUGGGAAGAAACUCAAGCCAAGGAAUGCAUCAACCAAGCCUUGUGGGAACGAUACCAUCAAGACAAUGAGGAUGAUGUUGCCAAGUCACCGUACUGGGAUGUGGCCACCAUUAUUACCGAAAACAAGGAGGCCAUUAUAAAGGAUGCCCAGAAACGAAUGGACACGGAGGCAUCCGUUUUGAAUGACGUACUUAUGGGAUUGGUCACACGGCUAGUCGAGUAUGAGGAAGGGCAGGACUUUCCGCUUCAUCUCGAGGAGGAAGACAUGAAAAUUACAGUACAAGUAGCCAAGAUGGCAACCUAUCUGGAUGAUCGCAUGUGCGUUCCAAGAGAUAUGGGUGCCAUGAGCGCAAGUGUCCUCAAGACAGUGUCAGUGGCCAUGCGAGAGGUAUUGCCAUGA